UUGAUAUAUAGGCCUACUCGGAAUUCCCCUGGAGUAACUGGCGCCAACUUUCAGCUGGAGUAAGGUUGAACUGAAACCCCGUGCAUAUUUGAAACACCAGUUACAUGUAGUGACCAUCGUUACUCGGAGUUUCAGAAUGCCUCUGCUUGAUGUGAAAGGCGUUCAUGUCAACUUUCCAUUUGACCCAUAUUCUUGCCAGGUCACGUAUAUGGAAAAGGUGAUAGAAUGUCUUCAGAAGAAUGUAAAUGGAAUCUUGGAAAGUCCGACAGGAACCGGGAAGACCCUCUCUCUUCUUUGUUCCACCUUAGCAUGGCAGCAGGACAAGAAGGCUCAGGUGGAACUCAAUCGCCAAGCCAACAUCUCCUCCUUAAUGGGAGAUAAUGGAAGCCUGCAAAACAGCCAAAUUGAGGCUUUGAAAAAGAGUUUAGAGUCUAGCACUGGUUUGACAUGGGGAGGAAGUGAAUUUGCUGUGCCAAAGAUAAUAUACGCCUCUCGAACCCACUCCCAGCUCACACAGGCAGUUCAAGAGUUGAAAAGAUCGGCUUAUAACACGGUGAAAGUCAGUGUAAUAGGGUCAAGAGAACAGCUGUGUAUCCAUGAACAUGUUCGAAAGGAAAUGAGUAAUGCUUCUAAGGUUCACAUGUGCAGAGCGAAGGUGGCAGGGAGAACCUGUUUUUAUUUUAAUCACUUUGAAGAUAUCAAACGGAACAGUGAACCUAGGCAGUUGGUGGGAGAUGUGGUGGACAUAGAAGAUAUGGUGCGAUUUGGAGAAAAACAAAGAAUAUGUCCUUACUAUAUUGCAAAGGAAUUAAAGAAUGAUGCUGAUAUCAUUUUUAUGCCGUACAACUACUUACUUGAUGCCAAGUCAAGGAAAGCUCAUGGUGUUGAAAUUCAAGGCAACAUUAUCAUAUUUGAUGAAGCACAUAACCUGGAGAAGAUUUGUGAGGACAGCUCCUCCUUUGAUUUAACGUCUGCUGACUUGGCCACAGUUCUGGAAGAACUUAGCCGCCUAGCUGAUAAAUUGUAUGAACUGGCCAAAAAUGAGGAAACUUUGGUGGAAAUGACGGAUUCCGGUGUCAUGCCAGAACCAGAGUUCACAUUGGAAGAUGUUUUGCGACUCAAAUCAACUUUCAAACAGCUGGAGGAAGAAAUUGACAAAAUGGAAGUUCCUAACAAAGAAAAAGGUCUAACCAAGCCUGGAGUAUUUAUAUUUGAGCUCUUGUCGAAAGUCAACAUUGCAUUUGAAACCAAAAAUUUUCUGCUGGAUCUGUUGGACAAAAUCAUCUCCUACGUUACUGGUGAUUCCACAGGAAUGGGAUUCCACUCGAAAGGGGCAGGGUUGACCAAGAUGUCCGACGUAUUGCGGGUCGUGUUUAGCAGGGAGGUAUCAGAUGGGGGUUCUGUGUAUCAGCUGCAGCAGAUACUGGCCAAGUCAUACAAGGUUCACAUCCAGCCUGUCCAACCUAACAGAAAGAAGAAGAUGGAUUCCUGGGCCACCCCAGCAGCUGCUGACAAGAUGGGUAAAACCCUUAGUUACUGGUGUUUUAGUCCCGGUCACAGCAUGCUGGACCUGACUGCCCACGGAGUGAAGUGUGUGAUACUGACCAGCGGCACAUUGUCACCCCUGGACUCUUUCAGUGCUGAGAUGCAGAUCCCUUUCCCAGUGACACUGGAGAACCCUCAUGUGAUUGACAAACACCAGGUGUGGAUCGGGACUCUCAACAAAGGUCCUGAUGGGGUGACACUCAACUCAAACUACCAAACAAGGUUCAAUGAGAAUUACCAGGCUUCACUAGGGAAAGCGUUAGUAAACUUUGCCAGAGUGGUACCUAAUGGUGUGCUGGUGUUUUUCCCAUCUUACCCUGUGAUGGAGAAAUGCAUUGAGAACUGGCAGCAAAACGGGGUAUACAGCUCAAUUACCCAAUAUAAACCAGUUCUGGUGGAACCCAGGGGAAAACAGGCAUUCAGUGAUGUCAUGGAAGAAUUUUAUGAAAAAAUUAAUGACCCAGCCUUAAAUGGAGCCAUAUUUGUUGCUGUUUGCCGAGGAAAGGUGAGUGAGGGUCUGGAUUUUGCUGACAACAAUGGGAGAGCUGUGAUAAUUACUGGUCUCCCCUUUCCCCCUCGAAUGGACCCAAAAGUUGUACUGAAAAUGCAGUUUCUGGAUGAAUCAAGAGGCAAAAUGGGAUUCAAGAGUCUGUCUGGACAAGAAUGGUACAGGCAGCAGGCAUCAAGAGCUGUCAAUCAAGCUGUGGGGCGGGUUAUCAGACACAGGAAGGACUAUGGGGCCAUACUGUUGUGUGAUGAAAGAUUUGCCGGAGAAGCUUCAGUUCGUCAGUUACCAGUGUGGGUUCGACCCCACGUCAAUAAGUAUGAUGUAUUUGGACGAGCACUGAGAGAUAUGAUUGUUUUCUUUAAAACUGCUGAGCAGACGUUACCAGCACCAGAAAAGAAGCAGUACCGAGCUGGAGGGUCUGUGGCUUCCUCUGGGUGUCAGGGCGCCCAUUUUAUGCCCACGGUCAACAGACAUGGUCCACUUUCCUCCAUGGUAAAGGCCCGCAAUGUGACUGAACAUGUGCCAAGCCUCCGACAGUCUACUGAGGAAGAAGAAACUAGUUUAGCAAAAUUAAAGAUUCAGUAUGAAGGCGGAGCCUCGUCAUCUCGCGGUCCCAACAAGAAAAAUCUCCUGGAUGCUCUCAGUUCAUCAGAGAGAGGUGGAAUUCAUGAUGAUGAAAUCAAUAGUAAGUCUGUGUUCAAAACACCAAUGCCAAUGAUGAAGAAACUACCCAGCAAGAAGAAAAUUGUGAUAAAGAAAAGAGAUUCUGAAUCUGACAGUUCUGAGGAAAUCAUUCCAACCAAACCUGGGUGUGUUGUGGAGGUGAGCUCUGCAGUGACAACCACUCACUUACAGUCAGCAGAGCAUUAUAUUAUAGAGGUAAAAAAGUGUGUAAGCAAGGAGUCUUAUUUGGCCUUCUCUAAAGCCCUUGGUCAGUACAAGAAGACGGGAGAGCUGUCUCAAGCUGUGGGGGUAAUGGCAGCGCUGUUCACAGAGAACCCCAAACAUUAUCAUCUCUUCAGAAAAUUUUAUCGUUUCGUGAGGCAUAAAGACAAGAGAGAGUUUGAUUGCCUGUGUAAGGAAUUGACAGGGGAGGGAUGUGGUUACAAACCAGAGGAUUCUGUUCCUAAAAAACGAGCUCAAUCCGAGGCCUCAAACACAUCAGAGCAACUGGAGAAAAAACAGAAAACUGAAUUGUCAACACUUGUACUGCAGUCAAAGACAUCAUCUAACAUCCCCCAGUCCUUAAAUUCCAGUAAUAGCAAGUUUCUGACUGGAAAUCUAUCCUCUUUAAUGUUGAACUCUGAGAGUUGUGACAGUAAACAGUCGGUGAACUGUGAGGAGUCUUGUGAUAGUUUACAGAACAGUGAGCAAAGUUCAACAGAAAAAAUAAGUGAGCGUCUUAAAGAUGUGGAAGGACCUCUAGAUAUACGGAGUCCAGCUCAGGAUGUUAAUGGUUAUGUAUGUUGUAAAUGUCGGAAUAAGGCCAGGGUUCCGUUCCAGUCUGCCUGUGAUCACAUCUGCUGUUUCAAAUGUUGGAAAGAAGUCUUCAAUGACUUGGACAAAACCUGCCCAAGUUGUGGGGUUCGUGUCAGAAGGAGAAAUCUUAAACGUUUAUUGUUCCCAGCACCGGCUAGUGACGACCGGGGCUGAGCACACUUUAUACCAGUCGGAUACCACCAACAAAAGUCUUCCUAUACCCUAUUAUUUUUACUGAAUGCUGCCUUAAGGGCUGAUGUUUAUUGAAGAAAAAUUGUGUAAUAAAUAUAAAAAUUCA